ACGCGCUGAGUUCCUUGUAACUCUUAACAUAAUCCUCUUUUAUUCCAUCGGCAACUGAUUCAUUGAAUUGAUAAUGGGAUUUCCACAGUCACAAAAUAUUUUCAUACCUGUGCAUCCUAUUAUUGUGGAAUAUGGUGGAAAUUACAUAUUCGCACUGGAUUUCACAUCUAUAUGCAACACUGUUGCGUGUUUGUUGCUUGAGCAUGGAACUGCAGCUGCGGAUAUUCAAGUGCGGCUGAAAAGGAUAUCAGCAUGCGACUGUUUAGCACUAGGCAGGCAGCUAGAAAUACUUCAAAUACGUCAAUGAUCCACCAUUCACUAGUCUAGUCGAAUAUGUGCCCACUGCUCCAUAGGUCGAAAAAGAUUCUCGGCAAGAAUGAGCCGCUACAGCGGAAAAACAUUGCGAUCAGGCCUAGAGUAUUAAACAGCGCUUAAAUUUUAC